CUCUAUACAAUGUGGUUGUCGCUCUUCGAAAUGAGAAUGCCCGCGUGAAUAAUCUGAUCAGUGCUUUACGGGAAGAUAACAAUAAUUUAUUGUUAAAAACUGAAAACAUUCACUCAGAUCUUCUUUCCAUGCAGCGCAAUCUGCUUGAGAAAGAUGAUACGAUUGCCUUACUCAUGGCAGAGGUUAAAGACCUUCGCUCCUCUAUUGGUGUUGCUGUUGAGAAGUUUGGCAGUGAUAACACAGCUUGGUCAUCCGCUGAUACACACAGGCACGCUGACUUUUCGACGCCAAAAGCUGGAGUCUCCAUUACCACUCUCUCACCUGCUACUGCAGUUUCCACUGAUGCUCUCUCUGUUGAUGCUCGCUCACCUGCUUCUUCGGCUGUCGCUGCUAAUUCUCUAUCUGCUGAUAAUGCUUGGUCAUCUGCUGAUACAAAUUCGCACACUGAGAUGUCGGCACAAAAAAAUGUUGUUGCCUGCACUGACCCUAAAGUGAACACUGCUGCUUGCUGUAUGCGCUCUACACACACACAUGCUAAGUUUUCGGCCCCAGCUGCUGACGUCUCCAAUGAUGCUCUCCCACCUGCUUCUAUUGCGCCUACUGCUGAGGUUAAUAAUGCACAGUGGUCGACGGCUACGAAGAAAAGGAACAAAAAACAAGUGCGUGUUUUCGGUACAAAUGCAUGUAAUGAUUUGGACGUUGCGGUCCGGCAUAAAUGGUUGCAUUUAGGUUCUUUCUCGCCUUCCGUAUCUGAGGAUAACAUUAAAGAUUAUGUUUUUAAGCAAACUGGUUUAGAUAAAAAUUUGUUAUCCUGCUUCAAACUGGUUAAGAAAAAUGUCCCAGUAUCAACUAUUAAGAGAGUUAAUUUUAAGUGGGGAGUUCCGGAAUCCUCGUACGCGAAGUUGCUGAGCUUGGAAAUUUGGCCUACAAUGUCUCGGUCAAGCNUACAAAUGUCUCGGUCAAGCCUUUUCAGUUUUUUCUAAAGGAUCAACAACAGCCACCUCGGACAUAGUAACGACCUUGGACCCUCCUAGCCGUGGUCUCAAGGUGUACUUUCAAAACUUAUCCGGCAUGCGAACCAAGGCUGAUAUUGUGCAUUCUUUUAGUGCGCAAAUGGAUUACGACAUCUUUGCUUUGUUGAGACGUGGUUGAAAGCAAGUUUUUUCGACAGUGAGUUCUUCGACUCGAAUCUUUUUAAUGUAUUUUGGAAAGACAGAGAUGCUGCAAAAACGGGUUGCCUU